AGAGAGAGUACCGCCCUUCAGUUGUGUUUAAAUGUGAAGCGGAAAAUCAUCACUGUGGCUCAGGGGAGUGAAGAGGCGAUUCUAGGGUUAGAUGAGAGGGUUUGCCGUGCGUGAAUCAUAGUGCUCUCGCUCUUUCGCUCUUUGUUUGUCCUAGAGUGUCCCUGAUUUCAGCUACAGGCUUCAAAGUGAGGAGACAGAAGAACUGAGAGUUUCUACAAGACAACAAUACCUGGACACGGGGAUAUCUGGACACCUCACAAUGGAUGGAUUGAGGACAAAGUGUUGAGUUCUCCUACGGCGGUCCCUGAAUGAUACAGAGGAGUGUUGGGAUGUCGUGGCUGGUGUGGGUGUGGGUCAGUGUGACAGUCAUGAUGCUGAUGUGUGAGGCCACUUUCUAUGAGACCAUCCAGCAGCACCUGGCCCCACCUGGAACCAACAUACAGAUCCUCGAAGGAGGGACAUGCCAGGUGAUUGCGGCACACCGGUGCUGUAACAAAAACAAGAUUGAAGAGAGAUCUCAGACAGUGAAGUGCUCCUGUUUACCCGGGAAAGUGGCAGGAACCACCAGGAAUAAACCCUCCUGUGUUGAUGCUUCCAUAGUGAUCGGGAAGUGGUGGUGUGAGAUGGAGCCAUGUCUGGAGGGAGAGGAAUGCAAGACUCUACCAGAUAACUCCGGCUGGAUGUGCUACUCUGGAAACAAAAUCAAAACCACCAGGAAUACCCACCCUUACACACCCUUGUAGCAGAUGUAAUGUUACUGCAAGCUCAUAACGGAGGAACUUUAUGGAGGGAAACAUCCAAGAUGACAAGCUGAAUUAAGUUUUCUCAACUCUAAACCAACAGACAUGUGUUUAAUGACUUGAAAUGGAGUCCUCUGUUCAUAAAUCCAUCUGUCUCUGAGUAACACGGACACCAGACUUUCUGAGAAACUCUUUGUGGCCGUUGAACACUGCUGGUUUUUUAGUUGUUUUGUUUUUGUUUGACAUUUGUCAAAUAUUUGUUUCCUCUAAAUGAGUCCUGGAUAAUUAAACUCGUAUCCCUUUGUGUGGAGUGCACUCAAACCAGCUUUACCUUGCCUGGAAUAAUCUUCAACUGUAAUAUUCUUGGAUGUUCCUAUGUCUCCAGAAGAACGUAUUCAUUCUCUUACUGUAUGUAGUGAAACUGGCUUCCUGUUCAUGUGGAUUUUCAGAAGUGGAUUGACCCUCAUCAAGCAAGUUUAAUUAAGACACUUUGAGCUUGGACUGUGAGUGAAAUGCUGAGGAGCACAUGUACAUGGAAUGACCCCGUUCCAGUCCAGAAAUGUUCCUCCGUAUCCUGGAACAUUAUAUCAGAUUCAGAAUGAAUUCUGGUAGUGAUACUUAAACCAAAUAAGUCUUCAGCAUGAUUUCUGUAAAAAAAUAGGUGAAGGAAAUGUUUUACAUAAAUAAAAUGAAUUCAAAGCA